ACCGGAAGUCCGGCGGGCCCCGGGCGUCGAGAUGGAGGAGGGCGAGUACGAGUCGGUGCUGUGUGUCAAACCCGAGGUCCACGUCUACCGCAUCCCGCCGCGGGCCACCAACCGCGGCUACAGGGCUGCAGAGUGGCAGCUGGACCAGCCAUCAUGGAGUGGUCGGCUGCGCAUCACUGCGAAAGGGCAGGUGGCCUACAUCAAGCUGGAGGACAGGACGUCAGGGGAGCUUUUUGCCCAGGCCCCAGUGGAUCAGUUUCCUGGCACGGCCGUGGAGAGCGUGACGGAUUCCAGUCGGUACUUCGUCGUCCGCAUCGAGGAUGGAAAUGGGCGACGGGCGUUUAUUGGCAUUGGCUUCGGGGACCGAGGAGAUGCCUUUGACUUCAACGUUGCUUUGCAGGACCAUUUCAAGUGGGUGAAACAGCAGUGUGAAUUUGAAAAACAAGCCCAGAACCCAGACCAAGGCCCCAAAUUGGACCUAGGCUUCAAGGAGGGUCAGACCAUCAAGCUCAACAUCGCGAACAUAAAGAAGAAGGAAGGAGUACCUGGGACUCCCCGAGCCCGUCCUGCCAGCACAGGAGGACUGAGUCUGCUUCCCCCUCCCCCCGGGGGGAAGACCUCCACCCUGAUCCCUCCCCCUGGAGAGCAGUCAUCUGGGGGGGCCUCCUGUGUCCAGCCAACAGUUGCUCCCAGCUCAGGUCCACUUCCAGCCAGACUCAGCCCGGCACAGGCUGGGUCCAAUUCUGACCUAGUUCCACGCUCCUUUUCCUGUACAACUUCUGGAAAGGAGCUACCUCAUCUGGGCCCAACGAAGGAGGAUGCAGUCCUCCCUGGCCAGCCUCUGUUUGGGGCAUGACUCUCUCUCUCUCCUCCUCGCCUGACUCUUGACAGCCUGGGCAUGUUAGGCAGCAAGUUGGCACCAUGUCACACUGUCCUGGGAUUCAGAUUGCCUCCGGAACACAGAGGAAGAAAAGCUCCGGGAUCCCCAGUCCCGUCUGUCCUCUUGACAUCAGAGAGACUUUGAGGCUGCUUCUGCCAUCACCAUGACCCGUAUUAAAUACAAGCCCCCGCUCCUGGAGUGUGCUGCCUGGAUUCAGACGAGCCCUUCUCAGGGGUGACAGGUGUCAUGGGGUCACUGUCUGGAAGGGGGGCUUUCUACAUUCCCGUUGGCUGGAGCAACUUCAAAGAAGGGAUUCCUUCCUGAUUUCUAGCAGGUUUAUAGGCUGCAGCUUGAACAGACAAGCAGGAGGGGAGUUGGAACUAUUAGCCAGCUUCUAAAAAAUGUUAAUACUUGCUUUGCUAAUGAGCUGACCCGCACUAACUCCUCUCUGCAAGGAGGCUGUUCCUGCAAUCUGCCCAUAGGGGCCUCUGCGAGCGUGUCUUGCCAUCAGCCCUAGGAGCAGCCCUGAGCUUCAGGAAGUAGUGUUCAUCUUGUCCUAGUAGCCUGGAGUCUGCAUCUGCCAGGCCAGGUAGGCAGUGCAGGGCUGAGGCAGGAAGCCAGGUGAAAGUGUGGGCGGGGAGUAGAAACUUCUCCCUGGAGGCUUGGGCCUGCCCUCCCGUCCACUGGCAGCUCUCGGGUUCACAGGCUCACAGCGCAGUUCCUGGUGGACCUGGUUUUCUCCAUGGUGGUUCCUGAAGUGCCUUGUCUGCAGACAACCUUGACUUUGCUUCUCCUUCCUUCAGAGACUGUACAUGACAGACAGAAGGAGCACAGAGCAAACAGGAAGUCCAAGGUUGCCUGCAUUACUGGUUUAUCAGAAAUGUUAUCUGAGCACGCCUCUGAAACUGCUUUCACUGACUGACUUUACCUCUUACUGAGAAAUGUCUUUUGUGAAGGGUCAAGACAAUGGACUGAAAAGUGUUGGCCUUUUUUUGUGGGACCAGACUUUUAAGAUAAAAAUAAAUAUUUUUACUUUCUGUCAGCGUCUGCCGGAGAUGAGCAUGUUUUUGACACAUGACUGCUUAGCCCUCUAGGAGCCGCAGCUGGGUCGGAGGCCGCCUCUCACCACUUGUCACAUGACUCAUGAAAAGUCCUGGGCCAGGGUGUGAGGGUGGCUGAAAAAAGGGAAUUUGGCCCUGUUGCCCUAGGCCACCAGACUCUUCUCUCCUGUGCAUGUGGGAGAGGACAGUCUCGCUGCCGCUGGGGCCGUUGUGAAAGUGGUUGUUCACAUCACUCUGGGGGACUCAGUUCUCCCAUGGAACCUGGGGUGGAAGAGGCUGUGCUGCUGUGCUUGGCCCCCUGCCUCCAUCCAAGACCUCUCUGGAAGUUUCUUAUAAGACAGUAAGGGUGUGCGGGCGUGCAGAGGCCAAAAGAUAAAGGUCACAGCGCUUCUCACACCUGAGCGUUCUGUAAGAAAGGACCCCUUCUUGCAGUUUUUAUCAUGGACAUAGUCACGCUGGCUAAUAAACAGCGUAAAGGGUGGUGGGGAGAAAAAAAUUGCAAUUGAGCCUUUGCCCACUGAACAAGGAUAAGGAAAUUGCAUCAAAGGAGCCUCAAGAGGAGUAAACAUUUUUGUGUCUGUUUCCCAUGACUUCCCAUGCGUCGAGGAAGCUUCAGCUUAGGGGAACCCCUUAAUUAGAAGUGUGAACCUUCAAAGAUAAGCGCUGGAAUUUUGGAGAUAGACCUGGGCUUUGGGUCGCCUGCCUUUUGGUUAGCUGUGUGGCACGGCUCCUUCCUUAGCCCAGAUAAGGGAUAUAAAGCAUCAGCAGGUGCCCCUCCUAUAGUUUGACUUUAAUUACCUUUGUCUGGAAUCUAGCACCUAGAAUUCAUAAUGGUGAUGAGGAAAUAACCUGGAAAGCGCCUUCAGGAGGGGUGUCUGGGAAGGCAAGGGAAAGGUUGGUGUGCUCUGUCACCAAGUGGGGUCCCAGCUGCAUCUGAGUCCCCAGGGAGAGCCCUGGUACCAAACCAGGAACAGGGAGAUACCAUGUCCUGUGGGCAGAGUGGGCUGCAGUAGGAGAACAGCUUUUCCUCACUGUAGCUUCAAUGUGGACGAUUUCAUGUUUUCUUCUUGAUCAGAGAAAACAAAAUAUUAAUAAUCUGUAAUAAAUUUUAAAAGAUUGGGGAUAGCUUGAUGUCUACAUUAUCAAUUGCUGUGUCACAGUCACCCCAAAAUUCAGCAGCUUAAAACAGCACAUAUGGUCUCAGGUUCUGUGGGUCCAGAAUCCAGGUACAGCUUAGCUUAUCAGUGUCUCCCACAGCCUCAGCGCAUGACAGUGGAACCACAGUGUCACCUGAAGGCUCAGCGGGGUCCACUCACCAUUGUUCUUAUUGGCUAUUGGACACAGGUCACUCCCUUUCCCUCCACAGUCCACAGCUUGGCGGUGCGCCUCAUCGCCGGGAAGGGUGAGUGCAGGUGUGAAGGCAGCCCCGGGCUUCAUCUGGGACAGUCCGUCACCUUGCUGGGCAAAAGCAAGUCUACUCAGGGCAGGGUGCACAGGGCGUGCACUGGACGCAGGGGUCUCUAUCGGCCCUCUUGGGAGGCUACAUCUCAUUUCUAGGGCUACCGUAACCUACCACAAAUUGGGGGGCUUAAAACCACAAAAUUUUCUCCCGUUCUGGAGGCCACAAGCCUGAAGUGAAGAUGUCAGCAGGGCCCUGCUCCUCCCAGAGACUCUGACAAGAGCCUUGCCCUGCAGCUUCCGGUGACCGGACAGCAUUCCCUGGCUUGAAGGAGCGGAACUUCAGUCUCUGUCCCGCCACACUCCCUUCUCCCUGCCCCGGGGUGUGUGCUCGUUCCUGAGAGGACUCCAGUGCUUGGAUUAUUCUGAAUACUGGAUGGUUUCAUCUCAAAAAUUUUAAUUACCUCUACAAAGGUCCUAGUUCCAAAUAAAGUCACAUUCACAGGUAUUGGGGAUUAGAACUUGAAUGCAAAUUUGGGGGAGACAUAAUUCUGCCCAGUACAGUCUAUCCACUACCAUGACUGUCAGAAGGGGGUGGGUGGCUGAUAUGAGCGUAGGUGCCUCCAUACCUGGAGUAUUAGCUCCUUACUGUCUGAUAAGGGGUGACAGCAAGGUCCAGCCACAGUAUGUUCUCGUAGCUUCUGUGGCUCUAACAUGUUCUCUUUCAUAAAAAUAUGAGGGGAAAUAUUUUGUGUGCAUGGAAUAUCCCUAGAAUGAUACACAGGACACAGCUCUCCUGUGACUGCAGGACGAGAUUGAGUGACUAGGAGACAGGACGGGGCGAGCUACUUUGACUGUAUUAACUGUCUGGACUCUUUGAAUUUGAGCCAAGUGAGUGAACCAUCUCUUCAUAGAAAAUUGCGUUCAAAAGGUUGUACCGACACCCAAAGAUACGGAGGAGGAUGGUUAACAGU